AAAAAAAGCUCUCCACUCAAAGCUACACCCAGAGUGUGAGUGACUCGUGUGGAGUUCAGCUGCCUGUUGCACACCAUGGCUGCGUUUUACCGGAUACUCCUCCUGCUAUCAGUGGCCGUGGCCUCUGCGGCGGCACGCAGGUCCCAGCGGACAAAGCGAGGGUUACUAGAGUUGGCAGGAGCCAUCAAAUGCAGCACCGGGAGAUCGGCCUUGGCUUACAUGAUGUAUGGAUGCUACUGUGGACUCGGGGGCCAGGGCUGGCCCAGAGACAGAGCAGACUGGUGUUGCCACAGACACGAUUGCUGUUACGGAGAUGCAGAACGCCUCGGCUGCCAAACCAAAACAGACCAGUAUCAGUGGACGUGUGAAGACAAGACAGCUGAGUGUGACGAUUUGGAGGACAAAUGUGAAAAGCUGCUGUGCAAGUGCGACAGAAACGCUGCGAGAUGUUUGAGGAAAGCUCCUUUCAUCCGGAAAUAUGCCCUGUGGCCAGAUUUUCUCUGCGGUCACGAACAUCCCAUGUGUAAUAUUUACUGACAGAGCUGCACCCAUGUGUCCCGUGUGCCUUUUGUAAAUAGAACAUGUUACAGUGAAAAUGUUAACGGCUUUGCUGUAAAAAUAACCAAUGACACUUGUGUUUUUUGUAAGUGUACAUAAAAUAAGUUCCCGUCUUCCUCCCUGCUGUAGGAACAGAGACAGGAACAUUUAAUCAGGUGAGGGCUCUUGUAAUCAGUGGCUCUUUUAAUUAAAAUGUGAAAGCACGCUGUUGUGUUUUUGCAGAUACCUUUUACAUUGAAUACUGUUUUAAUAA